UGCCGGGAGUGAAUGGGAAACGAAGUCGUCCUACACCUUAAUUGGUCCGACUCCCCGCCGUCCCUCCUUCCCGCCGCUUUGCGUCUCCGGCGAAGUGAAGUGAUGAGCCAAUACUUAUCUACUUCACGGGAUAUCCCUUGGAAUGUCAUCAUGUUUUACUGCCUCAAGUGAAUGCCGUGAGACAGUUGGCAGCUGGCGGUGGACCAGUAUGGUUGAGCGACUACUGUUGUUUGUGGCGGCGGCGUCAUUGGUGGCGGCCGAGACAGAGCUGACCCCCAACGCACCUUUAGGACUGUUGAACAUUCUGCCCACCAGACCUCAGUCCCCGCCACGCAAUAGUUGUCUACAGCUAAGUGUAUGCCAGCAUGAUACCGCAUUCAAAUUCAGUCUCAUGAAAAUCCUCCACGCCGACCUCCCAGAGCAAUCUGCGACAGCCUGCAGCCAACUCUGCCAACGGCAUCGUCCAGGAACCCAGGUGGUGAUGGUCAAGCUGAUAUCCAUGGGUGAGCGUCUCGUGUGUGGCUGCGGCGGCGAGGAGGCGCUGCGUAAUCCCACUGGCUGGUCUUCCAAGGCACCGGUAUGUUCCUACCAGUGCCCUGACGGAGGCGAGCUCUGCGGUGGCCCCGAGGCUGUGUCUGUCUACCAGCUUGACCGGGACAGAGAGGAGUGUGUGGAGCCCCGGCUCACCUAUCACGGCUGUUACUUAGGCGUGGUCGGGGCGGGGGCCGUCACCCUGGGUGCGUGGGAGCGUUGGCCUGGGGGCUGUGUGGCGCGCUGCGGGGCGCCGCCCUCCUCAGAGGCAAGCCUGGUGAAGAUGGUCACCAUGUAUGACGGUGUGACGCGGUGUGAAUGCUGGUUGUCGGAGGACCAGCUGGGACCCUCGGCCAUGACGCCAAAUAUGUGCGGCUGGAGGUGUCCUGACGGGGCUGACUGGUGUGGGGACGCGGGACAAAGAAUGGUUAGUGUGUAUCGAGCAGACUCAGCAGACGACCUCAUCCCCUCCCCCACACCCACCUCACUCGCCAUCCGCGUUAUCUUACAGCCCCUUCUUGUCUUCUCCAUCUUCCCUGUAUUCUGGAUGCCAUGAGGAACGGACUGAUAGUAAUGUGAGGCUGCCCUUGAAGCUGUGGCGCACUGUGUUCUUAGUUAUCUGCCUUCCUAGUAACGUUUCAUUUUAUCUAAUUUUGUAUUGUAAUGUUUUAGUGGUAUUGUGUGUGUUAACCGGAGUAACAAAGGUGCAGUAGUAGCAUUAAUUGUGGUGCUGGUUAUAAGUGAGCCAUUGAUGAAGAGCAAGGGUUCUUAAUUAACCAUGUGAUGAUCCCAGACCCCCAUUGGAUUGCUCACCAUGGUCACUUACCCAUUUCGCUUGACUGCCAAAAUCAUCAUUACCAGUCCUAUUUGAUAAUCAGAGACUGAGUCCCAUACCCCAGCAUUUGGCUCUCAUACCCUCAAGGGGAAUGGGUAUCCCCGGCUCAGAGCACCUCAUGUAUAUUAAUCAUUGCUGUAACAGUAGCCCUAAACACAACAACAACAACAACAACAACAACAACAACAACAAAAAGAACAAGAACAAGAAAAACAAGAACAAUGACAAGAAGAAAAGGAAGAAAAAGAAGAAAAUUAUUUUUUUUCUAGUUAGUUUUUUUUCUUUUUUUUAAUUGUCGCCACGGUGGAGGCACAGGCUCUAUAGUCAAACAGAGUUCUCCCUCCGCGGAGGGACCAUGGACCCUUGUCGGGUGACGGCCAGUAAAGAGAAUGCCAACAGACCUACUCUAUUGGCUGACGUCAGCCGAGCCGACCAAGUCAGUCUGUCGACGAGGACAAAUGUGUAAACGUUUAAGUUACCCAUUUAAUAGUGAUGCGUUUUCUUCAAGCACGGCGACAGGAGGGAACAAACUUAUGAUCAUGGGUGCCUAAAAGAAAUUGAAGGCAGCCUUCUACUGGGCAUUAUAAAUGGUGAAUGUAUCCUCGUGUGUAAAUAACAGCCAUUAAACAAACUUAGCAU